AUGCAACCCAACAACGGAGAAGUACCCGAUAGCGAGAGUGUGGAUGGUGGUAACGAGGACAGUCGACCUGGUGAUACAAAUCGUUACAUAAAGGCAGAGAGAAUCAGUGGCAUUCACUUCCUCACGGAUCAGGAUGAGGAUGAGAGGGUGGAACUCCUGGUGCCAAAGUCCGAGGCGAGUGACACCGAGCCAGAAGUGAAAAAACAGUUUUACAAGCUGCUGGAAUACCUCAUACAAAACGACGGUUCCGUAGUCUGCAAGUGGUGCGGUGAGGUGUUGCCGUCGAGGACGAGGUGGUACAGGCACAAGUACAAACUACAUGUCACCAGCCAAGUCACACAGCCCGCACCCCUCUUCAAGUGCCACAGCUGCAAUGCCUACUUCAAAUCAAGGAAGGGUUACAUCGGCCACCUCAGCUCCAGACAUUCAGAUAAUGAGAAUGAUGAGAACAGGGAGGAGGCGGCUAAUAAAAAGUCACGGAGAUCCUCAGACUUGGGAAAAGGACCAGAUUGGGAGCAACAGCGGGAGAAAGAGGAGAAGCUCGUUGCGGAUAUAAUAGAUCGAGUAAAACGUGAAUGCGAGGCCCAGGGUGAGACUGUAACCAGAAGAGGUUAUUCCAGACGCUCCACUGUUAUGAACAGCUGAAUUAAUGACGAAUCAUUGAAAAUAUCCAGUGCCAAAUCACGUCUUCUCAAGCCGAAACACUGAGACCAUUUUUCUGGUAUGAAGUUCCAUGUAAAAAAAAAUCUAGUCUCCACUUCGCUGUGAAUACGAAAGAGAUAUUUAUUUGUAAAUAACAAGAAACGAUUGCGAUAUUUCCCUCGUAAAUCAGUGCCAAAUGAAUCUACAGAUCGGGUGAAUGAAAUCUUAAUUAAUGAAUUUUAAAGUACCUAUUGAUUAAUUAUACAAAUCUCAGACACACGACAUUGUGCGCUCGCUUCAGAGAGCGAUCGUUUGCUCAAGUGUGCAAUAUUUACGAUUAUGGAAUUACGAGAAUGACAUUAUUUGUUCUUGGGUAAUACUCAGUAUUUAAUGAUUUAAUUCACUAAUGAAGUGGUAAAGGUACGGUAAAUGCAUUUGUCAUUUUUUUUCAUGAAUUAUCUGAGUAACGAGUGGAUCUAUCGGAAAAAGUGAUAAGAAAUUUUCUGUAGCCGGUGAGAUCUUCUACAAAAAAGUUCUACAACAUUUUUUACUGACUCCACUCGUUCUCAGGAUAAAUAGAAAAGAAAUAAGAGAAGCAUUUCGUAUCCAAUUAACGACUUUAUUAAUUAAUUAAUCAAUCCUAGUUCUCAUUAGUGAUCUGGAGCCCCUGAAAAAUGAAUCUUCCUCGGUGUCUCCUGACACUCCAGUGUCGAUACUAAUUGGAUAGAUAAGUGAAAAAUAGAUAGAUUUCCUCGAAAAAAAAAAUUCAAGAAUCUAGAGUAAAGUUUUAGACAGAGUAAAAGAGAUGGUGUGACGAAGGGAAAACAUUGUCCAUUUUAUUUGGGAUAAUAUCGAAAGUAUUUUAUUCCCCCGGGGCUGGGAUUAAAUUCAAAGGACGAUCGAGUUUUAUCUUAUUUACAAGGAUGAGCUUGAGCGAGUCACCGUGAAAACAGAUCGUCUUUGAAUUUAUCAGUUCGCGUCAAUGUACAGCUAACGAAAAAUAAUUAAAUUGUAAUUAGGACUUGCUCAUCCUCUUCUUCCUCUAAUUUUCGUGACUGACGAGUACUUCCACGAAUUCAUCGCUCGUUAAUUACCACUGAAUAAUGAAUUGUGCAAUAAUUGAAGUUAAAACGAGAUAAGAAAACAGUAAGGCUGAUCUUCCACAUAGAGGAACGCGUUGAGCUCGUGCCAAAUAAAGUGAGAGUGUAUAUUAAUAUAUCAAUGAAAUUAUAUUUAUUUGUUUACAAUGAAGUGAGUAAAUGGCACAGCUGGGUUGAGGGUACUAUAUACGUAAUAGUUUGAUAAUUUCGAUGCGGGUGAUGAUGAUUGAACAAAUGCCGGGAAUAAAAAAAGCAAUAAGUACCUCUGUAAAUCCGUUCGUCCUGAACUAUUUCAGAUGAUUAUGUCUAAAUUAAAAAAAUCAAAAUGUUGAUGCUAUCGUGACAACAAUCGCCGGAUUACAAUGACUAAUCUUUUAAAAUCAAAGGAAUUAUCUUGAAAGAGAAUAACCAUGUGAAUUAUACUCUUAAAAAAAGAAGAUAAUAAAAAUCAAAAACUCGAUGAUCAAUUGAUCACUUUGACUUUUUAUUCUACCAUUCGUGUUUUUUUAUUUGUUUAA